AUGGUAAUCCAGUCUUCGAUCGUCUUGCUACAAGAAAGAUUCAGACAACUUCAGAGAGCACGAGAGCUAAGAGCUGAGAGAGAGCUCCUAAACACUAAACCUAACCACCAAGACAAGAACAUCUUACAAUAUUACAGCGAACCCGCCAGUUUCGGUUUCUUCCAGUUUCUACCUCUAAACUCUCAAACAUCAUCGCCACAACAGCUCCUCUCUCUCUCCUUAUGCCCUCACUCCACCACUGAAGUCAUUGAGAAGCCAGGCCUUUGUCAUCACUGGCCAAUUAAGGACGACAAGAAGAUGAGUGGGUUUGAUCGAUACGAUGAUGUUGAUACGUCUCUGCGUCUCUAA